CGUCUUUGUUUAGCUAUGAAUUAUACAAGUUUACUUCCGACAACUACUGCCCUCAUGCGGGGCGUGGUCUGGACGGGAACGCCUUUCAAUGUCAGUGUCGUUGACCUGCCUGUUCCACUCCUUCAGUCAGCUACAGACGCAAUUGUAAGGGUCUCAGUCGCAGGCAUUUGUGGUACAGAUCUGCAUACCUAUCGUGGUCAUUAUGGGAGUGCGACAGUCCCGUGGGCCAUGGGUCAUGAGGCUCUCGGCUUCAUCACUGACCUUGGCGAUGCUGUUAGCAAUUUCCGGAUAGGAGAUCGAGUAGUGAUCUCGGACACUGUUCAUAAUGUGCAGGUGGUCACAGAAUCUUCUACAUCUUCUCCUUUUGGCAUGGGACCUGAUCGGGGAAAUCUGGGCGGCUGUCAGAGCGAGUAUGUGAGGGUUCCUUUUGCCGAGCAAAACUUAAUUCCUAUUCCCUCGAACACUUCUAGUCCGUCAGACAGUGAUAUCGACUAUCUCUUUUUAUCUGAUAUCUUCGCUACUGGCUGGGGUGCCCUUGAUUUAGCUGGUUUUGAACCAGGUGACACUGUCGCAGUCUUCGGUGCUGGCCCUGUGGGCCUACUAUCGGCGUAUUCAGCGGUGCUCCGUGGGGCAUCCAAGGUGUACGUCGUGGAUUACGUGCCUGAACGGCUUGAGUUGGCUCGUUCUAUAGGUGUUGUGCCAGUGAACUUUUUGAUAUCGGACCCUGUAGAGCAUAUUCUUGCUCAGGAACCGAACGGCGUCAUUCGCAGUGUGGACUGUGUUGGAUUCGAAGCAGUUAAUAAAACGCUACAGAUGGAAUCUGACAUCAUCAUUCGCCAGAUGGUCAAUGUGACUGCAAGAAAUGGUGGAAUAGGUGGUGUCGGUAUUUACGCGGAUGUGCAUAACAGCACAGGGGUUCCACGAGGAAGCUCUGUCAUGAAUGAUAUCAGCUUCCCUGUUGGUACAUUCUUCUCGAAAAGUCUUCAGUAUAAAGUCAGUGCUAUCUAUCCUCCAGACUACGCUACCACACUAUUGCCACUGAUAAACAGUGGUCUCGCCAAGCCGAGGUUUGUUGUCAGCUCACUAGUCAGCAUCGAGGACGCACCACAGGCUUAUGCACGAUUCAAUGAGCACCAGGAAACUAAGGUUGUCAUUCGUUUCGAGUGGUCUUAAGCAGGGUUUCACGCUCCGUCGCACUUUUAUAGGGUAUUGAGGAGGCCUUAAGAGUAUGGAUUGCUCGAUGCACUAUCCGUGAUUUAUGAUAUCAGCUCAUGUACAUGAUUUCCGUGGCCUGAUAAUUCCUACUUUAUAGAGGACAUUCCUGCUGUUACAAGAGAGCCUUGAUUGAUUUGUGACAGGCUCCAUACAUGACCUAAGCUUUCGAGAUCUAUUAUUUACACGGCGGUGAAAUCAGCCUAUCUACAUUUUCGUACUCGGCUUUAUUCUGCGAUUCCAUGUACUCCAGCAG